AUGGGGGAGGGAAAGUGUGUGGGGGAUAUAGAGGCAGAGAUCUGCAGUCUGUCCCGGCACAGGUCUGAGACCCCCAGGAGGAAGUGGACCACUCUUCGCUCCCCCUUCCAGCUGGUGCAGGAGACCCUGUUCCAUGACCCCUGGAAGCUCCUGGUGGCCACCAUCUUCCUCAACAAUGUGAAACCUCAGGACCAUAAACUGAACAAGUACCAUGCCUGGUUGUGGGAGAACCAUGGGAGGUUGGGAAUCUGAACUAUGAGGAACUGCAAUGUCACAUUUUAUCACAACCUGUUUUAUUAAUGGAAGAAUAUUCUAGUUAUU